AUGCCACCCAAAAGAAAAUCUAAAGACGCCCCAUCCUCGAAUAAUCCUCCUCCGUCCCGUGCUCGCGUUGAUGGAGCCUCGAAACGCUCAUCCGCCCCUGAUGGCAACGACCAGGAUAGCGACGCCUUUGUGCCUAAGCCGGCCAAGCGAGCCAGAAAAGCCCCGGCAAGGACCGCCAGACUCGACGCGAACAUAGAUGACGAGCUGGCAGAUAUUGGGCGCGCCGGCUCCAAGCCAACCACCAUCGAAGAGCAUUUGAUGGACCAAAACAAGAAAUCCAAGGACUUCAUCCAACACUUCAAAGAACAAGUGGCUCAAGGCCAAGACAGAGUUCUCGAGACGCUAUCGAAGCUCAGGCAAGAUCUCAUGACUCACCAUUCUUCACUUCCUCCACAGGAAGCCAAUGACGACGGCCUAUCCGAGAUGUACGCAACGCUGCAUGCAGCCGCUCAAACCCUUUCAACGGACGACAACCCCCUUUUUGAGCACACCCAGCUGCUCCUGCGCCUGAGCCGGUCCAUCUUGAAGUGCUACGCUAAAACAGAGGCCGAGACGCGCGGAAAUUACGGCACGGGGGCGCUGGCGUCACUGUCUCCCCGUAAAGUGUGGGAGCAGGAUGAGGAGGGCAUGAGCAAGCUGUUGGCGUGCGGCAAGGAGGUUGCGCUGAAGGCCGUCGAGGGUUGGAUUAACCCCAGCUCUACGGAGGCCAGCUCUUCCGAUGGGCCUCUUGCGGAGGGCGAUGGUGAGGUGGAUGGUGCCGAGGAGGUGGACGGGUUGGCAAGGGGGUUGUUUGGCAAGAGCAAUGCCAAGGCGAAGGCUGAGAGUUGGGGACUGGGGGCUAAGAGGCAGAUGCUUGCUUUGGCGGCGGUGGUUAGGACUUUGGAGCAUGGAAAGGGUGGUGUUGACGAGAAUCAGGGGCAGUAA